AUGAGCUCGACGGUCAACGGUGAGCCUGCACGGCAGACGAGCCAGCCGAUUCGCACAGAUGCCACCUUUGACACGAAGGCCAAGGAAGACAAAUGGCGGAACCUUCUGGUGCUGAUCCUCCGCGACAAGGUGUACAGGUCACUGACGUUUUGGAGGCCGCGCUUUGAGUUCAAGACAGCCGGAGACCUGGCGCAGACGCUCUACGACAGAAGCAAGGGCGGGAAGGAUGUUCUCUUGGACAUGAAGUGGCUCGUGCAGAACGACCAGGAAGCCGCUCAGACAGAGGAGUUUGCGAAGGGAAAGCCGUCGGCAUCAGAUGAGAGCUUGACCUCCGGCGACGGCAAGAAAUCCGAACGCAAAGCCUGGAUCGAAGUCUUCGACUCAGACCUCGCCUGCAUCAUCGACCUGCUGAUGCUGCUGAACGUGAGCCUGACUAUGGUGGUCGCACCCCUGACUUUCCUUUGGGACGGCCGCUGGGAAGAUCCCUCCUCGGUCCCAGGAGGUUCUGACACUUUGACGCUGGAUGUUUGUAUGGAUGUUUUCUAUGCCAUCUAUCUCCUUCUGAUGCUGGAGAUGUCUUAUCUCCAUCCGGAAAGACGAACGGAGAUUGUGACGAGCAGAAAGAUCCGGCGAUGGCGGAUGAAAUCCUUUCUGUACUGGUUAAAAUGGCUCAGUGUCACCGUGCACAUAUGGGCCGCAUCCUUCGGCUGGCCGUUGUUUAUCAACCUCUUAAAGGUAGUUCGCGGAGGCGUUUUCGUGGAAUUGCCAGACUCACUCUGGCGACUUCGGGACUCCAGCGAGGUUCGGCUCACGAAGCCGAUCCUCCUGCUGAUUGGUGUGUCGCACUGGGUUGCCUGCCUGCUUUUCUGUUUCGGUGGCUUCUUGGAGAACCUUCAACAAUUCGGACCGGAAGCAUCCGAGACAACGUUCCGAGGAGAGGUCAUCGAUGGCAAAAUCUCUUCAUAUGUCGUCGCUUACGUAGAGGCGAUCUACAUGCUCACGGGAGCUCUGGAUGGGCCCACCGGAGAUGGGGCGCGAGAAGGGCACUUCGGAGCGCUGAUUAUUGUUGUCAUCUUUGCCCCAAUUGGCCAGCUAGUUGUUUCGCUGUUCAUCGCAGCCAUCGUGCAGGAGCAAGAUCUGAAGCAUGCGCUGGACAAGCGCCACAAUGAGAACAAGGCUUUCAUGCAGCGUGCCGUCCAGACCCUGGGCAUUCCCAAGGAAUUGCAGAGAAGGGUCUUCAGCAUGCAUUAUUUCCAGAAGAUGAGCCACGACAUUGAGGCGUUUCAGAUUUUGUUCGAUGGCAAGAACUUGAGCGGGGCCCUCUCGUCAGCUUUGAAGAUCUACCUCUACAAAGAGAGCGUCCUCAACUGCGCUCACCUUCAGGGUAAAGACCCAAACUACAUCAUCGAGAUCGUGAAGAUUCUGCAGGACGUGGUGUGCCUCCCGGGCGAGUACAUUGCGCGAAGGGGCGAAAUAGCUCAUCAGAUGUUCUUCAUCGCCCGUGGACUCCUCUCCGUGCUCGUCCCUGGACUGGACAAGCCCAACGACGUCGCUGCUGCGAGAGCGGUCAACCAGCUCAAGUUGUCUGACUUCUUCGGAGAAAUCGCUCUCAUCAAAGACUGUGUGCGGACCGCGUGGAUUCGGGCAGAUACAUAUGCUCUGCUCUCCUCGCUUUCCCGCUUCGACAUCGAGCCGAUUUGGAAAUACUUCCCGGAAUACAGGGAGGAGCUUGAACAACAGGUCAAGGCAACCGCAGAGAAGGACAGGAGUCGGAAGGCCCGCGGUCGAUGGCAGAACGUCGGCCAUGGAGAGAAGCGCAAGAAGCUGAUGGAGCUUCAAGCCAAGGACCAGAUAGAAAAAACAUCAUCCGCUUCCAGGAAGACCGCCAGGGGCAGUAUCUUGGCCGCGUCGAUGCAAGACGAGCCGCACGACGAGGCCAGCAUCCUCGAGUCCGGGGACUCGGCGGCGCUGAAUGCACCUGAAAGCACAGAUGAAACCACGAAGCUGCUGUCGGAAGUGCUGCAGCGCCAGAACUCACUGGAGGAGAAGUUCGAGGCACACGGGGAGAAGCUGGCUCAGAUUCUGGAAGCUCUCCAAGGUGGGCAAGGCGACUUGCCGCCGUUGCCACCACCGUCAGCUCCGCCUUUAGCACCGCCGCCAAAGAAGGUUGUUGUGAAGAGAGUGAAGAAGAAGGCUGCUGCCGGUGGGCCUGGGACCCCAGAGGAGGCGGGGGCGGGGCACUAA